AUGGAGAAGAACAAGCUAGGUUCAUCACAAUGCAUUCCUAGAUUGGCUAGUGAGAAAUUGUAUCAAGUGAGCCACAUUUAUGGUGAAGAAUUUGUUGUAGACCUUAGAGCAAAGACAUGCUUUUGUAGGAGGUGGAAUUUAUGUGGAAUACCAUGUCCCCAUGCAAUCUCAACAAUAUUUCAAAGAUGUGAAAACCCAAUUGCUUAUGUGGAUGAUUAUUAUAAGCUGGAGACUUAUAUGAAGGCUUAUGAACCAGUGAUUCACCCAAUCCCUUCAAUGGACCAAUGGAGUAAAUGUGGCCUUCCUCCAAUUAAACCUCCAUUUUAUAAGCAACAACUGGGUAGGCCUAAAAGAGUUAGGACGAAGGAGCCUGGUGAGGUUGAAAUACCAGGCCCCAUCCCACCAAACCAUAUGCCUCCAAAUUAUAUUGCCCCACCAGCCAAGCUUAGAAGGGUUCAUGCAUCUUCAACCCAAAUAGAGCAAGGCUUUUCUUCUAACACAGUAAGAGGGAGAUGCAUAAGUACAGGAAGAGAAAAUGUUGCUCAAGCUACUGCUGACCCUAAUUCUCUACAAAGUAUGGCAAGAGGUAAUGGAGAAGGAGGCAGAGGCAUAAGUAAAGGAAGAUGCAAUGUUGCUCAAGCCCCUGUUUACCCAAAUUCACAAGAAAGUGUGACAAGAGGUAAUGGACAAGGAGUCUUACCAUCUUCACAUAUUGGCUUAGGAAGAGGUUUACCAUCUUCAAAGCUAAGUGCAAUUAGAGGAAGAGGCUUAGGAAGAGGAAUAAGUGGAGAAAGAGGCGAAGAGGCUUACCAUCUUCACAAUCAACUAUAG